AUGCGACAAAGUCUCUGCUGUGCCUCCGCGGCGGGCACCCCCCAGCCCUACAGCGAGUGCCCCGUCCCGCCGCACGCUACUCCACACAGCGCUCCAAGGGGAAACCUGUCCCCGGUGCCACAGCACAGCCCCGCACGGCCGCGGCAGCUCUCCCCACGUCCCACCAGUGACAGACCCCUCAUCCCCCCACCUCACCCCCCCCCCAACCUGCCAGUGACAGAUCUCACCUCUGAGCCCCCUCAGCAGCAGCCGCCGGUACGCACUGACGUUCCCCCUGCCAACGCACCGCUGCCCGCAGCUCCGCCGCCCUGCCCGACCCAGCCUCGCCGCCGCUGCCGGAGCCGCUCCCGGCGCCUGCCCCGCCCCUCUCCCGCCAACGCCAACGGGGCGGCGGGCGGAGCCGCUGCGUGUCGAGUCCAGGCGGCAGGAAAGGACCGGCCGUACCCCGGGAAACCGCGCCCGGAACCUCCGUUCCGGCUCGCAACGCGUCCGCUUCCUUUCGCGGGGGCUGGCCUUGGAGGGUGGCGAGUGCCUCGGCGUCCGCGCCAAGGGCUGCUGGCGCUGAACGGGCGCAGGCUCAGCCCUGCUUUGCAGAACCCUUCGUGA